UGAUACCUUCACUUGCGGCUGUGUAGUUACUGUAUCACAACAAACCCCUUUUGUCCCUCGCCUUGAAGCAAAUUUGGUAGUUCUCCGGCAGUAUCCUGUCCUGUAGGUUUUCAAGUGGAUCAAACUGCGUGGUCGUACUCAAGUGACUUUAGUAGUCGGCUACGCUAACAUCCGAUGCAUCGUUUUCUGCCUACUUCUGAAACCAAUUGACUGGAUUCAUCUUUCGCCAGAAGCUGAAGAGGCAAUUUGACAAUCCAACAUUGUAUUGACGUAACGAGCCAUCAACUGGACGCCGGCGAGCAUUACCCUCUCCGCUCCGUAGCGCCCCCUUGUGUGCCACGCCCGCACCCGCGCCCUUGUGUGCCACGCCCGCCCCCGUCAUGGCCGGUCAGAGGUUGUUGUCCUUCGGCAAGGCCCUCCUGAGGCGCCGCGCUCUGGACUGCUCCCAGGAGGAGUCGCGAUUCGCCCGCUGCCUGUCCACGCUGGACCUGGUGGCCCUGGGCGUGGGGGCCACUCUGGGGGCCGGGGUGUACGUGCUGGCGGGCGAGGUGGCCCGGGAGAAGGCGGGGCCCGCCAUCGUGCUCUGCUUCCUCAUCGCCGCCCUCUCGUCCGUGCUGGCGGGCCUCUGCUACGCCGAAUUUGGCGCCCGCGUCCCCAAAACCGGCUCCGCAUACCUCUACAGCUACGUCACUGUGGGCGAGAUCUGGGCCUUCAUCACGGGCUGGAACCUCAUCCUCUCCUACGUCAUUGGCACAGCCAGUGUGGCCCGGGCCUGGAGCUCCACCUUCGAUAACCUGGUGGAGCAUAAAAUCUCCAUCUUCUUCAAGUCCUCCAUGGCGAUGCGGGUUCCUGGGGGGGUGCUGGCCGAGUACCCGGACCUCUUCGCCCUCAUCUUGAUCAUGCUGCUUACCGGGCUGCUGGCUUUCGGAGUAAACGAGUCCGCACUGGUCAACAAGAUCUUCACCGGGAUCAACCUGGUGGUCCUGGGAUUCGUCAUCAUCUCCGGCUUUGUGAAGGGCGACACCCGCAACUGGACACUCAGCAUAGAGGACUUCCUCAACCGCACCAACAUCACAAAUCCAGAGUCCAUAGAGGAGAUAUUCGGCUCGGGUGGCUUUGCUCCCUUUGGGUUUAGAGGGAUUUUGUCUGGUGCGGCGACCUGCUUCUAUGCUUUCGUGGGUUUUGACUGCAUCGCCACCACAAGCGAAGAGGCGAAGAACCCGAUGCGCUCCAUCCCCAUCGGCAUCGUGGUGUCCCUGCUCAUCUGCUUCUUCGCCUACUUUGGCGUGUCCGCCGCGCUCACCCUCAUGAUGCCGUACUACCGCCUCAACACCCAGAGCCCGCUGCCCGAGGCCUUCAGCUACGUGGGCUGGGCCCCCGCUCGCUACAUUGUGGCUGUGGGCUCGCUCUGCGCCCUGUCCACCAGUCUGCUGGGAUCCAUGUUCCCCAUGCCCCGGGUCAUCUACGCCAUGGCGGAGGAUGGCCUGCUCUUCCGCUUCCUGUCCCGCAUGAACCAGAGGACCAAGACCCCCCUGCUGGCCACCAUCGUGUCUGGCUGCGUGGCAGCUCUCAUGGCCUUCUUAUUUGAUCUUGGCGCACUGGUGGACCUAAUGUCGAUUGGGACCCUGCUGGCAUACACUCUGGUGGCUGUGUGUGUGCUGAUCCUGAGGUACCAGCCAGGCAGCCUGACUUCCUCUGACCACAGUGGGAAGAUGGUGGACCUGGCCGGGGCGGAGAAGAUGUCCAUGACGGAGGCGGAGGGGGACAGCGGGGACGAGUUUGACCCGGAGCUGGACACCCGUCCCCUGAAGGAGAGGUUCUCCCUGCGGCUGCUGCUCUGGCCCAGCUGCGACUCCCCCACCAAGGCCUCCGGGACCAUCGUCUACGUGACCGUCGCAGUCAUCUCGGUGCUGUUCACCCUGCUAUGUGUGGUGUUGGCGGUGUGGGGCUUGGAGGUGGUGGAGGGGCAGCCCCUCUGGGUCACACUGUGUGGCCUCCUCUCCCUCCUCUCUGCCGUCUGCCUGCUCGUCAUCUGGAGGCAGCCCCAGAGCAAGGAGGCCCUCACGUUCAAGGUGCCCCUCCUCCCUGUGCUGCCAUUGGUCAGCAUUUUUGUCAACAUCUACCUCAUGAUGCAACUUGACCUGGGCACGUGGUGUCGUUUUGCCGUGUGGAUGAUCGUGGGGUUCCUCAUUUACUUUGCCUAUGGCGUGCGGAACAGUUCAGAGGCCUUGAACGGGUUCCAGAAAUCCGAGGCUGCCCUCAGACCCAAGAGCCCCAUUUACGAGGCAGCGGAGAGCAGAGAGGACAGGGAGGACAGCGAGGCAGACGGCCCCGCGUGCUGUGAGAGGGGCGGAGGUCUGGAGAACGCGGCCCAACCCGCUGCCCGUCCUUUCCUGUUACAACGUCGCACUUCCUGCAACUCCUGAGAGACACGAGCGUCGUCAGCAUCACCUCGCCACUUUUCUAAAAACGCUUCUCUGUCAAUGUAAAUCUGUCAAACUCAACAUGCUGUGUAAAACUGACCUAUGGGGCUGAUGUCAGUAACAGUUUCAUGCCCCCCCCCCCCCCCCAAAUAAUUGUUAGAACUGCAUAUUAACAAACAUACGUCUGUUGGAAGCACAGAUCAACAGUUCAUACACUUUAGUGUACUUGCCAAUGUUCUUUGCAAGUUGGUAUGAACCAUGCAAAUUCAAUAAUGACAUGGAGCCAUCUAGACAGAGGCCAUUACCUCUUAUUCAGUAUUGGCAACACUCAGAAACAGAAACAUUGGCGACUUUGGGAGAAUAAAAUAAGAAAAAUAAAACGACAAAAAUAUAUAUUUAAAUAUCUUCAGCCCUAUCUGCCUUAACAGCUGUGGUGAAGCAACGCUGUCUGUUUUGACCAGUCUGGUGUAAACAGGGUAUCUCUGCCUCUGCUUGACUCGCUGAGUCACACUGCAUUAUCCUCAUUGACUAUAAGGACUGAACACAUGCUCUGGCACCUCACAUCUCUAUAGCAAGAGAUCUGACUCCCAUAGCACCUAGUCCGAUGUACUUCUUCAUACUGUGUUAGGAUGUGAAGUUGACAAUCUUUGACCCCAGUGAAGGUCAUCUUUCUCGUAUUGUGAUGAAUACCUCUAUUCAGAAGUAAAUGUGCUUUAAAUUUAUUCUGAUGUAUUUUAGCAGUCCUUACUUAUAUAGACAGACAAGCGUAUAUUUUCGUUAAAUCCAUCAAUAUUUAUGUCAAAAGAAAUGUGGAUAUUUUGGAAUAGAAAUGUAAUAUUCCCUCAAAUGGGCCAGCCUAGAUUUUUACUGUAGUUUAAACCAUGUAUUCUUAAUUGCACCAUAAGUAAACCUGGGCUGGUACAGAGACCUUUAUAGAGAGGCACUAUAUAUGUAUUUUUUAUAACUUGACAGCUCAUCAUUAAAAAUUUCUAGUAGAUCUAUUCCCAACAUUAGUGAAUUUACAAAUGGAUGGAAUUGUCAUGUCUGAUGUUUGCAAUUUUUAACAGAUGCAAUGAGGAAGGUUUUUUGUGCUUUUGGACAGUAAAGUUACUUGAGAUGUGGUUGAAGGCCGUGUACAGAUAUGAAUGUCCUUGUUCUACCAUAGUGUUUCCGUAUGCUGGUCAUUGAAAUAUCCUCACUAAACUUGUAACUGAUCUGAAUUUUGCCAAAUUGAUGUUAGCCGUGGAAGUCUUCUGUUGAUAAAAUAUAUAAAGAGGUUUGUUCAAAAUGUUAUGUUAAUGUUGGGUGUCUAAGGCACAUGUGGGUCAUGCCAUUUUAAUUGUGAAAUUAAUUGAGCUGGUUUCUUUGAAAGGUUAUUCAAAGAAUCAUUCAAAAAUGCCCGAGCUAUAUGAAUAUUAUUAUUAAUAUUAUUAAUUUUUUUUUUAUUUCCUAAAGUGCUUUAGACAGAUGGUGAUUGUUGGGAAUGCCUGUUCCUACAAGACACCCAAUAUAACUACAGAAGUGUCAGGGCCCCUCUUAUUUUCUGUGAAACACUACAUUUUCAUAUGAAUGUACUCAUGAACUAACAACGCAGUACUGUACUAACUACUGUACUACCACACAAUACUGUCCUUAGUUCUUUGCUGGGAUUUCAAUGUAGCUAGUUUCAGACUGGAAUUAUCACACAUGCACCUUCGACAAAGUAUUUAACUGCAGCCAGACAAGUUCUAGUUUCACUUCAGGAGUGGGGGUGUUGGUGAAGGGAGGGCGGGGGGGUUGCCUUCGUUGCUGUCUUGGCACCAAGACAGUUUUUAAUUUAUUUUUUUUCGCCUCAAAGAGUAUAUGCAUCUACUGGAGGCUGCCGAAUAGAGGAGUGCCUGUAGGAAACAUUUUGGCUUAGCCUGUCAUUUCACCUUAAAUUAGCAGUGUGAUUGGCAGCUUGGAGGCUAUUUUUGUAGCAUUUUCCAGACAUUUCUCAAAGACGGCAGCUUAAAGUUAAUUAAAGAUGGUUAGGAGAGGCAAUAACGGCUAGUUUCUGUCGAGAUGACAUGCUUGGAGUUUACCCUGCUUUGAAGGCACUUGUGUCAAAUUUCAUGAUAAAUUCACACUUUCUCUUCUUUUCCGUCUUUUGAUAGUAGUAUUCCGUUUUCUUUCACCUUUCUUUUUUUCUAUAUAUAUAUAUAUAUAUAUAUAUAUAUAUAUAUGUGUGUAUAUAUAUAUGUUUUUUCAUGGAAUAGGCUUUUGUUUCUAACCCCAUCAACUCUGUUGUAAGGCGAAGAAUAAAUGUGUAUUAUUCUGGAUCGGUGCCUUGUAUAGCAAAGCAGAAGCCCAAAUCUGUUAGACUACUGAAGUCCUGGACCUCACAAAGCACAGGAUUGUGUAUUUACAUGUGUUUUUCUUUCAAUUUCACUAGUAUAGCCAUGCCCUUGUGUCAUGGUGUGCUCAUACCGUAUGUGUUCUUGCAACAAAAAAAAAACAAAAACAAGACUUUGUGUUUUUAAGGGUUAUAUAUACAUAUUCAUUUAUUUAUGUAUACAGUAUGUCAUGUUGAUUCUGUGUUUCUGUUCUGUAAAUACAGUAUGUUAUAAUAUUUUAACUUUUAAAUGAAGUCUAUUUAAAAAUAAAGUAGUUUUCAAUGAUAUACACUCAGUGACCACUUUAUUAGGUAUACCUGUACACCAGCUCCUUCAUGCAAGUAUCUAAUCAGCCAAUCAUCCGAAUGGGGAAUAAUUGUUUCUUUGACCAUGUAACAAUUGUUGGUGCCAGCCAGGCUGGUUGGAGGAUCUCCAAAACUGCUGAUCUCUUGGGAUUUUCAUGCACAGCAUUUAGAGAAUGCUGAAUGCACACCCACAGCAGAAGACCGAUAAAUCUAAAGGAGUAAGUAAAAGUACCCAAUAAAGUGGGGUAUAAUAACCUUUUAAUGAAACCAAUUCAAUUCUGUGUUUGGUUCAUUUCUGUUCUUAUAUUAUGUCUUGCUAAAUUGAUAUGUAAUCACGUAUUUGUAUCUGUGUUGUAAAAUGGAAGAUUUGACCCUGAAGAAUUCUGUGGUGUUAAAGUUUUGAAAUUAAAACCAUUUAUUACA